AUGGCCAACCGCAGCGAGAGCGUCAAGGUCGUCGUGCGCAUUCGGCCGCUGAGCACCAAGGAAAAGCAGGACGGGCGCACGUACAUUGUCUUCUCCAAGCCUGCGGAAGGCGAGAUUUCGCUCAACAACCCCGAGGCCGACGACCGCGAGCCGCCCAAGAAAUUUACCUUCGACGCGUCCUUUGGCCCCGACUCGGAGCAGAUCGACGUGUACAACUUGGCGGCGCGCGACAUUGUGGAGAGCGCGGUCGAUGGCUUCAACGGCACCAUCUUUGCCUACGGCCAGACCGGCGCCGGCAAGUCCCAUACCAUGGAAGGCUACAACGACCCGCCCGAGCUCCGUGGCAUCAUCCCGAAUUCGUUCAAGCACAUUUUCGACAAGAUUGGGUCGAUUGCGAAGAGCCAAUUCAUGGUCUGCGCCUCGUACCUCGAGAUCUACAACGAAGAGAUCCGGGACCUCUUGGCGCCCGACCCGCAAAACCACCUCGAGCUCAAGGAGAACAUGGACACGGGCGUGUACGUCAAAGACUUGAUCGCGCGCCAAGUCACUGGCGUCGCCGAGAUCGACGCCGUCAUGCAGCACGGCAAGAAGAACCGAUCGGUGGGCGCGACGCUCAUGAACCAGACGUCGUCGCGGUCGCACUCGAUGUUUAUCAUCACGGUCGAGACUGCGAGCACGGGCGUUGACGGGAAAGACCACAUUUGCGUCGGGAAGCUCAACCUCGUCGACUUGGCGGGUAGCGAGCGGCAGGCCAAGACGGGCGCGACCGGCGACCGUAUGAAGGAAGCGACCAAGAUCAACCUGUCGCUCUCGGCGCUUGGCAACGUCAUUUCAGCGCUCGUCGACGGCAAGUCGCAGCACAUUCCAUACCGCGACUCGAAGCUCACGCGCUUACUGCAAGACUCGCUCGGCGGGAACGCCAAGACGGUCAUGAUCGCCAACUGCGGUCCCGCCGACUACAACUACAACGAGACGCUCUCGACCCUUCGGUACGCCAACCGCGCGAAAAACAUCAAAAACAAGCCCAAAAUCAACGAAGACCCGAAAGACGCCAAGAUCCGCGAGUUCCAAGAGAAGAUCAAGGAGCUCCGCGAGGCGCUCGCCGCGCAGGAGAAGGGUCUCGUGACGACGAUGGUCGAUGGCAAGGAAGUCAAGGUCUCCGCCGCGUCCCAAGCCCCCCAAAUCGUUGAAAAGAUUGUCGAAAAGACCAUUGUGCGCCGCGAAGGCGUCAGCGAAGACGAGCUCAAGAAGCUCCAGGAGGACGCGCUCCGCGAAAAGAACGAGCUCAAGAAGCGAGCGCAAAUGGAGAUGAAGGCGCUAUUGGCGUCGCAGUCCAAGACGGAAGAGGAGCGUGAGAAGCUCGCAGCGCAACUCCACGAGAAAGCCCAGGCAAAGGAGCGCCUCGAGAAGAAAAAGACCGAGAUGCUUUCGCAGCUGGCCGAGUACGAAGAGAAAGUCAUCAUGGGCGGCCAAGUCCUCGACAAGGCCGCGCGCCAAGAGCUCGAGCUCCGCGACGCGCAGCAAAAGAUCGACGAGCAAAAGCGACAAGAGAUGCAGCUCGCGCGGGAGCUGGCCGAGCGGGAGGACUCCAACUUGCUAUUGGAAGAGCAGUUUUCGUCGCUGCAAGAAGAGGUCGAUGUCAAGACCAAGAAGCUCAAGAAGCUCUGGGCCAAGCACAAGGCGGCGUCGACCGAGAUCGAGGAUCUGCGCACUGAGUUUCAAGCCGAGAAGGAAGACAUGCUCGAGACGAUCCGCGAGCUCACGCGCCAGCUCAAGAUCAAGCACUUUCUGCUCAACCACUUUGUGCCGCUCGACGAUGCGUAUGCGAUCGAGCAGCGCUCCAAGUGGGACAAGGAGCUCGACGAGUGGAAGCUCGAGCAUUUGGAGACGCGACCGACGAGCCUCCGGCCCAAGCGACCGAUCGCCCGCCGGGGCGCCCGCCGCGCUGAGACCGAGUGCGCGCGCCGCAACCGCCAAAUGGAUCGCGGCAACCCGCGCUGGAAGAGCGACAACGUCAUUUUGCUCGAGCUCGAGAUGCCCGAGCGCCGGACGCGCGACUACGAGAGCGGUAUGAUGGGUUUCUGGCUCGACCGCAUCGCCUCCAACGAGGACGAGUCUGAGAUCGUCUUCGAGUCCGAGGCACCCGAGCCUGAAAAGAAGGCACCCGCAGGCCCGACGCUAAGCGACGCUGAGACGGACGCGGUGAUUGCCGAGGCAAAAGCCGCCAAGGAAAAGGCGAAGAAGAGCACCAAGUCUCGGCCACCAACCGCGAGCCGCCGUCGACGAGAGAGCGUGGACGAGACGUAG